AUGACGGCGGGAUCGUCUGAUGCAGCUUCGAAACUAGCGCCGGCGCAACUCCGAGAAAUCAGAGAGGCUUUUCAGGUUCUCGACCGGGAUAAUGACGGAUCGGUGAACAAGGACGAUGUCGCAGAUGUGCUUGUGAACGUUGGUCAAGAUCCGUCUAUGUUAUCCGACUUCUUCCCCCCGGGGAGCUCUGAAACUAUCAACUUCCCUACAUUCUUGAACAUCUUGUCCAGCCUACUCGCGCCGUUAUCUUCGCGCCAAGAACUAGUGAAUGCGCUGGCCGCCUUUGAUGAGGACGACAGCGGCCAGAUCAACGUGGGGGAACUUCGCGACGCUCUUUUCCACACGGCUCCGGACGACGGAGAGCUUCCGCUCACCGAACAAGAGAUCAAUGAGGUUCUGAAUGGGUUUACGGGGCGCAGGGCUUUCGGGGCCAAGAGCAGCCCAACUCAACCUGGCCGCUUUGGCCGCUUCACCAUCGCCGCGAACGAUGCGAAGUCUGCGCAAGAUCAAUCCCAUCAACUUCUCUCGUCCUCCCAGCUCUCCCAACCCUCAAGCGCCCGGACGUCCGCUGGGCCGGAGGAGCUUUCUCAGCCAGCUCAACUAGAUUCGCCGCUGCGCCUGCGCACGCAUCGUCGAGCCCGAUCGAAUAGCGACGCCUCAACCCGCGAGCCUCCUGCUAUCGGAACCCAGCGACGAUCGGCAAGGAAAACGGGCUCGGGUUUUGGCAUCAAGAGAUCGGUCUUGGAGACGUUGUUACGAGAUGGGCCACAGCAGGGAAAUGUCCGCGAGGGACUACAAGAGCUGAGAUACUUGAUUUUGUCGACGAGGGUAGAAGCGGAUGCUGACGGCAUGUCAUCAUAUCGAGUGUACCUCUGGCUAUCACUUCUGGAUAUACCCCCUGUUCCGACAGACGAAUAUCUCUCUCUCAUCCACCGCGGCCGCUCACCAGCGUAUACUAAAAUCCGCAAUGAUACCUUCCGCACGCUAGCCACCGACCCCUUAUUCAAACGCCGUGUUACAGAAGCAAGCCUAAUCCGACUCCUCAAUGCAGUAGCAUGGAAGAUUCACGACGCAAAGAACAAGAACAAGGCCAGAAAACCUCGUUCGUCCAUGACCCGUCGGCGGGAGAUGGAGCUUCUCAUCAACACACCCCCUAGCAUCGCCGAGGAAGAAUCGAGCCCAGAAAUGACUACAUCGAGCAACAGCCGUAGUAGCACUAUCACUAGCGACUCGGCGAUCUACGUACAAGGCAUGAACGUCCUCUGUGCCCCGUUCCUCUACGCCGCACGCAGUGAAGUGGAGGCCUUCGCCUUGUUCCAUACGUUCGUCACCCGCGAAUGUCCGGGCUAUAUCCGCGGCGCCAUGGACGGGGUCCAUCGCGGGCUCCGUCUAGUGGACCGGUGCCUUGAGAUCGUUGAGCCCAAGCUUGCCUCGUAUCUCUUCUCCAAGGGUAUGCAGGCAGAACUCUACGCGUUCCCAUCCGUGUUAACCAUGUGCGCCUGUACACCACCUUUGCCUGAGGUCCUCCAUCUCUGGGACUUCCUAUUCGCGUACGGCCCACACCUAAACAUCCUAUGCAUUGUUGCCCAACUCAUCCGAAUGAGAGAUACUAUUCUCGAGAGCCCAAGUCCAAACAAGAUUCUCCGAUCCUUCCCACCCCUCGAUGCCAAAGAAAUCAUCGCCUUAACCGUUCUGAUCGUCCGGAAGAUCCCCGAACCACUCUACGCCGAACUGAUCGACCAUGCCAAAUAG